AUGGCCGAGCCGACCAGCCCGCAAAAGCCGGCUACUGCCAGGCCCCAACUCACCAGCGCCAUGCGCAGCAGCUCGUACCUCAGCGACCACCAGCAGUACCGCCGCGCCAGCCCGCGCGUCCCUGACGUCGCCGCUCACCAUGGCAUCGACACCGUCCUCGAGAGCUCCAAGGGCCCCGGCCGACCGUCCGUCACGGCGCUGCCCUUUCGCGGCGUGCCCUCUGACGACGCGCCUCCCACCAUUGUCGAGAGCGGCAUCGACCACACCUACGCCCACCACAACUGUGCGCCGCCCGCUGGCCGCCAGACCGACCGCCUCGUCGUGACGCUCUUCUACAAGGGCAGUCGCAACAACGCGACGGAAGGCCAGGCCACCUGCACCAACACCGCCACGGCCGCCCCCCUCGACGGCAGCACCGACUCGCUGCCCGCCAACAUGGCGCCGACCGCCAGCCUCGACGCCUUCCCCCUCGAGCCGCCGACGCAGGAGCCAGAGCACCUCGACCACCUGUACGGCUCGUACGUGUCGCCGCUGUGCAUCGCCUCCUUCCUGCACCUCAUGUCCGGCUUCCCGCUGCCCGACAACGGCGACGGCGCCGACGAGCCGCACUCGGCGCACCGCUGCCUCGACGACCCUGACGCGCCGCGCGUCGUCGAGCUGACCCUGACGCCCGCGCCGUCGCCCGACUUCCUCAGCGUCGCCGAGCUGCGCCGCCACGAGGCGCUCUACCGCUUCGAGCGCGAGUGGAACGUCGACGUCGUCCUGCGCCGCGACGCCGUCUGGCGCCGCCACCCGCGCCUCGUCGCCUUUGACAUGGACAGCACCCUGAUCCGCCAGGAGGUCAUCGACCUGCUCGCCGACCACGUGCCCGAGGGCGGCGACCUCGCCGAGCGCGUCGCCGACAUCACCCGCCGCGCCAUGGCCGGCGAGCUCGAGUUUGAGGAGUCCUUCCGCGCGCGCCUGCGGCUGCUGCACGGCCUGCCCGCGUCCGUCUUCGAGCGGCUGCGCCCCGCGCUGCAGGUCACCACGGGCGUCCCGCAGCUGCUCCGGGCCCUCAAGCGCCUGGGCGUCAAGACGGCGGUGCUCUCCGGUGGCUUCCAGCCGCUGACCGCCUGGCUCGCCGGCGAGCUCGGCAUCGACUACGCCUACGCCAACGAGGUCGAGGUCGGCGCCGACGGCAAGCUCACCGGCGAGGCCAAGGGCGUCAUCGUCGGCAAGGAGCGCAAGCGGGACCUGCUCGUCGAGAUCGCGGCCAAGGAGAAUAUUGACCUCUCCCAGGUCGUCGCGGUCGGCGACGGCGCCAACGACCUGCUCAUGCUCGACAAGGCGGGCCUCGGCGUCGCCUGGAACGCCAAGCCCCGCGUGCAGAUGGAGGCCGCGGCGCGCCUCAACGGCGAGAGCUUACUGGACUUGCUCUAUCUGUUUGGCUUCACGGCCGAGGAGAUUAAUGCUCUGACCUCGUAA